UUUUAGAUGGGGACCAAGCCAUCCAGCAUUCCGGAUUGGCUGGGAAAUAAUAAGGUGGGCUGGCUGGAGAAUAACCCCAUUAAUCCCCAGCUUCAACCAAGGCGCAGCUUGCAGAAGACGUCACGGGUCGAUACUUACAUCGAACCUGCGCUUGAGUGUUUUAUUGAGUCUCCUUUUCACUUCCCUCUCACCGUUCCAACUUUAAAACGCCAAUUGACCCCUCUUCUUCGACAAUCACCCCCACACGAUUCACAAUAAUGCCCAUACGAAAUCCAUUUGCGAAGCGUGUAGAUGUCCAGACAGGUCUGCAGCCACAUGAGGAGGGAGUUCGGCCGCUGUCGCAGAAUGGCACGCGACCAGCGUUUGAGAAGGUGGACACAACGGGCUCCAAGGAGUCAUCUGCGAUGAGCAUAAACAGCAAAAAGAGCCAGGAGCCCGUAGAGUACAAGAUGAGCGUCGUCAAUGAUAGUGGAGUGUAUCUUCCACCCUCACCUCCGGAAAAGAAAGGCUUCUGGCCAAAGCGAUCCCAUCCGUCUGGGACUUCGAUCAGCACUGGAAACAGCGAGUCUGACAUAGAACCAUUUCCCAUAUCCCGCGAAUCGUUCGAUUCUUACAGGAGGUCCUUUGAUAUCUCGGCAAGAUCACCAGUUAUCCAAGUUGAGAAUCAUGGCAGACAAAGUCUCGAUUCAGCCCGAAUACCCCGUCUCCCUCGGUCAGCCGUGAAUGAACGACGGUUCGAGAGGCAUCCGCCGACUGCCGAGGAAGGAUUCGAGGAUGUUGGUCUCAAUGACGAUCAAAAUAAACAAGCAAAGAAGAGGGGGUUCUUUUCCAAGUUUGGAGAGAAUACGGAUCCGAAUACUCAAUCACCGACUACAUCCCGAUUUCAUAUUGGCGGACGAAAGAGAGGCCAAAGUGGGGUCGGGGAAGAACUCGGCAGUAUUCAGCGGCCAGGUACAUCUGGAAGUAAAGAGGUGAAAGAGGUCCAUUGAGGGAGAUGAUAGGAUAGUAUUUCGAUUCUUUGUAAGAACUUUGCUUUGGGAUCUGGGGCGUUGGAAUCUGCAUCUGCGUGGACCUACCUUACAAUCGCUGGAAGAAGGUCAAUAUUGACCAGAUCAUACACUUGAAGAAGAAACGAUCGAUAAUACCGUAGUAACGAACCCGUACUUGAUGACUUGGUCAACACUUGAGCAGCUUCAAAGAGAGAGCAGAAUCCAAGUGGGAAGACAAGCAAUGCUACCAACAUGUUCUUAAAUCUCAAAUUCUUUGAAACGGAUCUGGAAUCGAGCCGUCUUG